AUCAACAACAGCCCUACAACUUACUGCUUGCUCUAGCUAGCUAGCUGCUCCUGGCCCAUAUCCACUAGGAGUACACAAGUAGGCUAGCAGCAAUGGCCUCGGUGACGAGGUUCCCGGCCGUGGCCCUCGUCCUGCUGCUCGCCGCCAGCGCCUUCCUGGCCAGCGAGGUGGCGGCGUGCGGCGGCUGCCCGAAACCAACUCCUCCUCCAUCGCCACCGCCGCCGUCGCCCACCAGCACGCCGUGCCCUCCGCCGCCGUCCAGCUCCGGCGGCAAGUGCCCCAAGAACGCGCUGAAACUGGGCGUGUGCGCCAACGUGCUGGGCCUCGUCAAGGUGUCCAUCGGCAAGGUGCCCACCGACUCGUGCUGCCCACUGCUGGACGGGCUCGCCGACCUAGAGGCCGCCGUCUGCCUCUGCACCGCGCUCAAGGCCAACGUGCUCGGCAUCAACCUCGACGUCCCCGUCAAGCUCACCCUGCUCCUCAACUACUGCGGCAAGAGCGUCCCUCAGGGCUUCCUGUGCGCCUAAUAUAUAUACUAGUGGCUAGUUCGUCACUAGCUUCACAGUUGCCAUAUGCAUAUUUGUGAUUCUUCUUCUUUCCUUCUAGUUCACCACUGUAUGUACGUGCCUCCUCCGGAUGUUUUCUUUGGUAUUGCCUUCUCUUCUACUCUUCUCCUAACUUGCUUGCAUUAUACAUUGCGUGAGCAUGAUAAUAUAUAAAUCAUUGGGUG